AUGUCGGCAGGGAUUCCAGCAACGCCGCCGGAACAUGACAUGACGCGCAAACCGCGGCGGUUUGCACCGCUCAAUCCGGAUGCGAAGCAUGGGCAGGAUCUGCCCAAGAUCAAGGGCAUCAUAUUUGACAUGGAUGGGACUUUAUGUCUCCCGCAGAACUACAUGUUCAAAGAAAUGCGCGCUGCCCUGGGUAUUCCCAGAUCUGUCGACAUCCUCGACCACAUCCGAUCUCUUUCCAACGAGCCCGACGAACCAGACACGAAACCGUCGGGAGAUGGAAAGGCGACAACAGAGGCACCGCACUCUCCAGCCAACCCAUCGGACCCGCCAUCGGAAGAAGUCUUGUCUCACACCACGAAUGACCCUGAUCCUCCGCCAUCAUCACCCCAGGCUAGGGCGGUGGCCAAGAUCCGAGAUAUCGAGCGGCACGCCAUGACUUCCCAGCGGCCUCAGCCAGGUCUGAAAGAGUUGAUGGCCUAUCUUACCCGCCGCGGCAUUCGUAAAGCUCUGUGUACCAGGAACUUCCCUACCCCGGUGCACCACCUGCUCGACAAUCACUUACCCGGCGAACAUUUCCAUCCCAUCAUCACCCGCGAGACAGAAGGGAUCCAGCCAAAGCCCAGUCCUGAAGGUCUGUGGACAAUCGCCCAAAGCUGGGGGUUGGAUCAAGACAUUGACGAGGACCCGACUGCAAUGGCUUCUCUGGUCAAAGAUGGACAGCUAGAUCCAUUGGACCUGGCAAGACAUGUUCUGGGUUCGGGCCUGAUCAUGGUGGGAGAUAGCAUCGACGACAUGGCAGCUGGGCGCAGAGCCGGGGCUGCUACCGUGCUGUUGGUCAAUGAUGAGAAUGAGGAGCUGGCGGCGCAUGAGUAUACAGGGCUCAGUAUCCGACGGCUUGAUGAGCUGAUAGACAUAUUAGAGAAUGGGUUCGCCGAAAGCAAGUAG